GGCGCUGUGCUGCCGCUCGCCUCGCGAGAGCGCUGGUGCCGCCGCUACCGCAGCGAUUGCUCCCGCCUGUCGCGGCGGGCGGGCGCCAUGGCGGCGAGUGGGGGCCUGGCCUGGUGCCUCCGCCGGGUCGGGGCCAGCGGCGACUGGCUCCUGCUGGAGGCCGGCACGCAGGUAACUAUAGGCCGAGGAUUAGAUCUCACGUACCAGCUGGUGUCAAAAACCUGUCCCUUGAUGAUCUCUCGUAAGCAUUGUGUUUUCCAGCAAAAUGCAGAAGGGCAGUGGACUGUCAAGGAUAACAAGAGUCUAAAUGGAGUCUGGCUUAAUAAACAGCGCCUGGAUCCCUCAAAAACGUAUCCUAUCACUGAAGGAGAUCGUAUUCAAUUGGGAGUGCCUUUGGAAAACAAAGAGACUGCUGAAUAUGAGUAUGAAGUAAUUAAAGAGGAAUGGGAGAAAAUCAGACCCUUUUUAGCCCGAAGGAAUGACCUGGGAAAAGCCAGGAGUUCAAGAACUAAACGUAAAUUUAGUUUGGAGGAAUCGGAGACAUCUGGAUCAGAAGGCCCUUCAAACUCCAAAUCCAAAAGAGACAGAGUGUCCUGUGGCAAUGAACCUUUGGGUGAAUCAUGGGGAAGGGUAGAAGAAGCCAAACACUUAACAGGGAAGAGGGACGUCAAGCUGCCUUCUCCUGGACCAAGCGAGGAGGAUAGUGGUCCAGUGGGUAGUAGCCCUGUGCACUCCGAGAGAGCUCUGUCUGUCACCCAUAAGGAGCCAAAAGGCUCUGGUCUUGCACAGUCAUGGACUGGCUUGGAAAUGUUGAGGAAAACUCUAGUAGACAUAAUGAAGUUAAAGGUCAAAGUGCAGGAGAAGCAGACAGCAGUACUGAACGUGAAGCAGAAGCGCAGGAAGUGUGCUCAGAAGGAGAUCCUGGCAAUGGAGCAGGAGCUGCGGGAGCUGCAGGACCAGCUAUGCAUGGAACAAGAGCAUCAGCAGCAGCAGGUGGAAGAGCUGGAGAGGACAUUCUCUAAAGAGCAGCAGAACCUUGAGGGAGUAAAGUGGCAACACGGGGAAGAGAAUCUGAAGGAGCAACUGGCCCAAGUCCUGCAAGAGCAUCAUGCUUUGAUGGAAGAACUGAGCCGUAGUAGAAAAGAUUUUGAGGAGAUAAUUCGAGCCAAGAAUAAAGAACUGGAAGAAACCAAGGAGGAGAAGGAAAAGGUGAGAGCCCAAAAAGAAGAGGUGUUGAAUCAGAUGAAUGACGUGUUGGAGAAUGAGUUGCAGUGCACAAUCUGUUCUGAGCACUUUAUUGAGGCAGUCACUCUGAACUGUGCGCACAGCUUCUGUUCCUACUGCAUCAAUGAGUGGACGAAACGUAAAGUGGAGUGCCCUAUCUGCAGGCAGGAGAUCAAAUCAAAGACACGCUCUCUGGUGCUGGAUAACUGCAUUGACAGGAUGGUAGAAAAACUGGAUGUGGCAAUGAAAGAGCAUCGCCUGACCCUUAUCAGAGAGCGGAAAGGUGAGAGAGAAACAGAAUGUGGUGGUGAAACCAGCCGUGGACAAUGAUGGCAGCGUCAUUUCUUCCGUCUCCUCCAUCUUUUCAGUGAGCAGUUGUGACAGUGAGGACUCUGAGGAGGAUUCUUACUAUGAUGAAAGCUACUACAUCAUCUAAAAACUGUUACUGCAGACUUGUUUGCCUAUGUGCUGCCCAGAACCAACCUAAUGGUGUUUGGUUGACUACUGCUGGAUGAGUGGACUGGACGUCUGAAAAGAGAGAUUCUAUGAAGAGGCUGGAGCUGAGAACUAGCAGCAUUUGGAAAAAAGACCUUUAUUUUUUAAAUGAAUGUACAGAAGCUUGAUCUCUAAAACAAAACUGGGAUUGCGAGAGAACAAACCGCCAUUUUGCUAGAUGGCUGACCUACAAAACUUAGGCUUCCAUGAUCGCUUGUGACCUAUUCAGUGUAAUUUAAUAGUUUGUACGCAUCACUGCCCUUUCCUUAGUGAAUGACAUGUUUAAAUGCUUCCCUUAUUUCAGGCAGCAGAGGGAAUGGCCCAAGCUAUUUGAGAACUUGGCCAUCCCUGCCAGCAGGCAGGAGAGGUGUAUCAGGAAGAAGUGCCAACAUGGGUUUUCUUCUUGAAUUUCAUAUGGCAGCUAGAGUCAUCUCAGGCCUCUGGCAGUAAAGGAAACAAAGGGUGGGUUAUGGACCCUGUCAGCUUAAGUACAUUGUAAUCUGAGCUGCUGGCCAUCUGUUUGCUCUUGUGAUGUUACUCAUUUUCAGUUAGAUAGGGAUGGAGAAGAUUAAAUCUUCCAAAAUUCCUUAGCUAGUGCACUUUUCAUGUAGUAUGUUUGGUUUGUUCCCUCUUCAGGUUUUUGCAUAAAGAGGUUUAGAAUUUGAAAGCAGCACAUCCAGAAGGUACUAGCAGUGACUUCAGAAACACGUAUAGUUCUUGUCAGCAGCAGAGAAAUAUCCUGUUGGCAGGGGAGAAAAGCAGCAUCUGUAGGCAACCACAAGAUACAGAAGGAAGCAUUUAGUUUUAUUGUUUACAAAACGUUGCUGUUGAGCCGUGGGUUGUACUACCCUCACAGCAAAUCACUCAUCCCUAAGAGACUGAGCGAGUCUUGCCUCAUCCUAUCAUGACUUUGUCUAUGAAGUUCCAUGUUCAGUAGCAUAUGCUUUUGACUUAGCUGUUACAUGGAAAGGACUGUUUUACACUGUGAGAAGAGGAUGGGGGAAGCUCUUCUCAUCUGUAAUAUUUCUUUGGCUAUUUGUAUGUACCUUCUUGUUUCUAUGUUUAUUUUUGUUUAAGAAGAAAAAUAUAAAUCCAUUUCUGCAUUAGUCUUCCUUGAUACAACUGAGGUGUAUAUCUUUCUCCUAGUUUUCUUUGAUUUUUUUUUUUUUUUUUUUAGAAAACACAGACUAUCUCAUUAUUUGCUUCAGGUUUUAAUUGCUGUAAGCAGUGUGACUAUUUUAAAGUGUAUUCAGGAAUUGAUAAAAGAUAACCCAACUCUUCAGGCCUGUGGCUACCCUAACAGUAAUUUAGUAGGUACAAUCAUACCUCUUCUCUUCUUCCACUAAAGAAAGAUCCCAUUAAAAGGGUGCAUGAAUGAUGAUGCUGUCCUAAGGAAGCAGUGCAUUUCUGACAGAUUUGAUUGGUAGGACUUAAACAGGGGAGGUAGGUCUGAUCUGUGGGCCAGGAAACUUUCUUAAAAUCUUAGUGUAAGGUUUCUUUUGUGAAGGAGGCUCAACUCAAACAUCUUGAGUUUUCCUCUAUCCCUUUUAAUGUUCAUUUUCCAUAUGUGCUCUUAAAAGUUUCUUUUGCGAAUAUGGGCUCUAGGAUGUCUGAGAGAAGAGCGUUCCUCAAAAUGCUUGUGAAAUAGGCUGAUGUUUGGAACAGGCAUUCCUGAUGAAGAGGAGUAGGAGGAAAAUACUCUGGUUACCUAGGACUGCAAAUUCUUCUACUCUGUAUCUCUUCCAUGUUGCUGUGCUUUUUUCGCUCCUUUCGUUUUGCUAAAUAUAUUUAUUUUGUUAUGUUGGUGUUUAUGCAUACUGCAGAGAAGGACAAUGCUUCUCCUAGUAACAGAGUAGUUCUUUGGUGUGAUUUCUGUGUGUGUCCUCUUUUCACUAUAAUAUGAAGACUAUAAGCGGUAUAACAAACCGUUUCCACUGUUACCAGUAGGUGCAUAGUGUGUAAAGGUCGAAGGAGAGAGAUUAAGUAAUAAUACUGUUCACUUGCAAAAGAAUUUCACUGACAAAAGCAGAGCUCUCCUCCCAGUUCACCAAGUUCCUGCAGUAAAACUGCUAUCAGAUUCAGAGCUGAUGCCUAGACAUACAGAAGUGUCAGGUGAACUAUUGAGCUUCUGGAAAAGAUAUCCAUAUUUCUAAUACUAAUUCUAAUUCUCCUUUGG